AUUUGAAGAAAGUUGGUUAAAGCGACUGCAACUAAAUCGACGGAAUACUUUAGCUAUAAAAACAUAGGGGAACAAUAUCACAGGGAUAAGAAAAUGCUCGUUCCAGGCAGGAUGUAGAGAACGAGAACGUUUAAUUGACGGCAGAGUAAACCGCUGAAGAACUUUAAUGUGCUCCUUGCUGGGCAGCGAUGGCACUUCGGAGCGAAACAAACACAUGUCUGAUCGUGGACUUUCCGUAAACGUGCAAUUACUCGGUUAACGGGACGUUGCGUCACACUGGAGUUUUUGCAUGCACGAAUGCCGUGAGCGAUGGCAUGGCGGAAUGUAAAGUUGCAUUUUCUUAUUCCACUUUACAUGUGGAUAUGCUCUCAAGCCUCUUUUGAAGUGGAUGUAAACUGCUGGUGGAAUCAAGCUCUUCAUGUGGACCCCAAUGUGUCCGUUGUGUGCCACACAAGUGCACAGGGAAGAGCAAACAGUUGUGAUCUUUGCCAGAUUUAUGUUAUCACGCCGGGGCAAAGACAUCUGUUACCCAGCACAUGUGCCAGUACCAAAGAAACCUUAAACUUCUCUAUCGCAACAAAACAUACAGGGCAUAUUCGAUGCGUGUGCAAUGGAAAUAUGGUGGAUACGUGCAAUGUUACAGUAAGAGAAGGCUAUCCACCAUCUCCCCCAUCUCGCCCUAUUUGUACUAUUGAAGAUUUGUAUGAUGCUCAAGACAUUCACUGCUCCUGGACUAAAUCCAAUGAGCCGAUGAUUCCAACCAUUUACACUCUUCACUGGCAAGAUUGUUUUGGGGACGUUUACUCAAGGGAGAGCGAUGAAGAGAAUGCGGUCAUAAAAAGGGAUGAGUAUAUAAAAAGCACUGACAUUACAGCAUGGGUCACUGCCGAAAACGUGCUGGGUUCUGCACUAUCUGAAGAGUCUGUCUUCAACACAGGUCAUAUCGUACGUCCAGGACCCCCCAACAAUAUUACCCACACCUUCAUGCCGCUGGUGAUCGACUGGAACAUGGACUGUGACACUGUGGAACCCUUAGACAAGAGUUGUCAAGUACAGUACCGUGCACACACCACCCAUCACCCGCUGGACUGGAUUCAGGAGGAUAAUUUCCAGUCCACGUUUCCGUUGGAGGAUUCCCAGCCAUUCACACUAUACAGUUUUCGUGUUCGCUGCCACUGUGGAUAUGAAGAGAAAGUCAUGAGUGAAUGGAGUUCAGUUUAUUCAGUCAGAACGCCCCCUGCAGCACCGGUUGGACAGCUGGAUGUUUGGAGUGAUUGUGCCUCUAAUUCUGACAACUCUUCUUGUAACAUCUAUUGGAAAGAAAUGCCCCUGUCUCAGGCUAGAGGAGAAAUUAGCAGCUAUAUUGUGACUCUGAAGCUUAAAAAUGGCACUGAGAUCAAGCGGGUUACCAGGCAGCGGAGAGACACAGGAAGUCAGCAUCGCCACAAGCAGUACUGCCUGCAGCUCAGACAGUUCACUGUCAAGAUGGGUGUUAUGGGAGUUAGGGUUUUUGUGUCAGCCAACACCUCAAUGGGCAUGUCCGACCCCACAUUCAUGCCGUUUCCUUUGAGGGGACAGACGGCACCUGAGGUGAAUCUGAGUGCAAUAGGUGAGAAUCAGACACUGCAGGUCUCAUGGCAUGUACACCCACAGUUCACUGAGAGCGUCCUGGAGUAUGUGGUACAGUACGUGUCUGUAGUACCUCACCAUCCAUGCCUGAACUGGGUCAGAGUGAACAGAACAAAGAGAUCAGUCACAAUCACAGGUGACUUCAGGAACUACACAGCAUAUAAUGUGUCACUGUUUGCUGUCUUCAACAACCACAGCACUUUCCUCAAGUCAGCAAUUGCAUACACACUUCAAGGAAUUCCUCCUGAAGUCCCACAAUUCCAUGUGAAGAGCAUCUCUCACUCUUCUGUCAUUCUGAUGUGGAGCCCCAUCCCUGUGCAUGAGAGCAAAGGUGUCAUCCUGCAUUACUUGGUGGGCAUCGAUGAGACAGAGUCUAAUGUAAGCAGUGACAAGACCAGCAUGCAGCUGUCAGACCUGCAGCCGUGCCGGCAGUACCAGGCCUGGGUGAGCGCUGUGAGCACUGCUGGUGAAGGCAAGAGGAGCGUCACCACUUUUUCCACCACUAAUGAAAACCGUUUUGUUACCUCAAUACUGUUGGCUGUAUUCAUACCAUUGAUGUUAGUUUUUGCUUUUAUCUUCCUAUUGUUACGUUACUGUUCUCAGAAGAUCCCAGAUCCAUUAAACAGUAAAUCAUUUAAACAUGUGAACUUUCAGCACACGUGGCCAUGGCUCUCUUCUCCAACAGAAUUGACUGUGAAGAUCUCUGAGCUGGAGAUUGUGGAGAACCUGCAUCCCGACACACCUUCCCCUCCCUCAGAGAUUGAGCUGGAGAAGAUUUUAAUUGAUGUGAAACCCAAACAUUUUCAGGUGCCAAAUGGACUGGGCAAAACAAAUGAAGGUACGGAGAAGUGGUUAGAAGACUCUGAGGAAUCAAACAGAGGAAACAUUUCAAAGCAGGACAGCUGGAAAAAAGAGUACAGUGAGAUGGUUGAUACUGAUGAAGAGGAGGAUGACGGCAGCAGUGGUGAAGAGUGGUGGGACCAGCAGUGUGUCUCGGACUAUGAAAGACAUUUUAUGCCACCUGUUGAGGUGAAUUAACUCUGCUGUUUCAUACCUCAUGAUGAUUUGUACUGUAGUGCCUUAAAUAGAACAAUCAGAAACAUGAUUGAUUUUACUGAAGAACUCUUUAAUCAUGUACUGAAAAUAGUAUUAAGGCGUUAUUCGUGAAAUUCCAAAUGCGUCUGUGGGAGAGAUCUCGCAGAGCUAUACACAGAUUUUCACAUUUACAGUCUUCCAAACUAAAGUUGAAGUACAAUUUUUGCGCCAUUGUUGAACCAUUGUUGGGCUGUUUGGAACAUUGCACAGCUCCACAGUCCCUUGUGCUUUACACUUUUCAGGGAAUUCAGACUAUAAAUGUUUUACGGUCUCUGCACAUUAAACCUUGUUCAAAAAAAGGUUUUUUAAACAUCGAAAACCUUGCGUACGUGACACAAAUGAGACUGUAUUACUGGUAGAUAUCUACAAUUGAUUGUAACAAAGUUUUUGUACAUAAUAAAUACGUUUUAUAUAUAUGAAUAUACUUCUGUAUGACUACUCAGAAAUGUUGUCUUAUGAAUUUCUCAUAUAUUUUGCAGUAAUUUGACAGAUGAUGUUAGGUUGGCAUGUAAAUAUAGGACUAGUCACAAUAUUAGUCUGUGAUGUAGUCUACCCAUAUUAUGGAAGCUAUUUUUAUACCCGAGAGUAAAAAAUAAAAAGACAAAUUACUUUAUCUCUCUUUAUGUCACAAAAAGUAUGUUGUUUUUUUUUGCUUUUUUUUUUUAAUGACACUGAGACAAAAACAGGCUUCCAUACCAUAUAGCUUUUUUGAGGUUGUCUCAGUCAAAAAUCAGGAAUAUCAGCCCAGAGCCAACAUGCUUGUAUGCAUAAAUAUUUUUAAGACACAUCAACUCAAUCUUGUAACCUCUAAUAAAAUGACUAUACAAUAGUGCCAGUACAGUAAACACUUGUUUGUCUAUAUUUGAUGAUCAGAUGAAGGAUAGGUGUUGAGGAUUAUGAUUAUAAACUAGAUCCAUUUAAAUAAAUAAAUUUUUUGUUUUUGUAAGAAGUCUCUUUUGUUCACCAAGGUUGCAUUCAGUGUAUCACUGCACAACACCCUUAGCAACCACUCUUAGCAACGUAAACUAUGUUUUCAAUAGAUAUUGUUCAUUGAAGCUUACUGUAUUAUGUAGAAGAAUAUUGUGAGAAAGAGAUCGAGUGAGCUAGUUUAUUACCUGCAUUCAGAUUUAGCAUUUUCCUUCAGGUCAGUCCUAUGUUCAUGAUAAAAAAUCUGUUUAAAUGUCCGAUGUGUUAUCUUGUCCUUUUAACAUUUAAGGGGUUUUCCCGUCACUGACAGCGCUAGUCAAAGCAUUUGUCAGUUGCGUCUUGUUACGUUUUCAAAACAACUCAGUCUUUUCAAUAUAAAAGUCUUCGCUACUGACUGACACACUCAUAAAGACAGUCUUUGCCGCCAUCUAAUGGCGUAAUAAUGUAACUUCUGUUGCUGUUCACGGGCAGGGACUAUUUUUUCCGGCGGAAGGAAGGCUUUUAGUGAAAGUUUACUUCAUGAAAGUUGCAUUGAUACAUAUUUUUGGCUUUAAUAUUUGUAUUGUGUGGUAACCAUUUUAUAAAAGCAAUAAGGUACUCGAGGCUAGUGCUGUAUCGUUAAUAAGUCACGGCUGAAGGGAUUGCAGGCACGAUAUUCACGAUACAGCACAGCCUCUCGUACCUUAUUGCUUACUUAAAAUAACUGUUUUCUAUUUUAAUAUAUAUUAAAAAUGUCAUUUAUUCCUGUGAUGACAAAGCUGAAUUUUCAGCAUCAUUACUCCAGUUUUCAGUGUCACAUGAUCCUUCAGGUUCUCAAGAAACAUUGUUUAUCAUUAUCAAUGUUGAAAACAGUUGUAUUGCAGUGAAAACUGUGAUGUUUUUUCCCCUCCAGGAUUCUUUAAUGAAUAGAAAGUUCAAAAGAACAGCAUUUCUGUAACAUUAUAAAUGUCUUUACUGUCACUUUUGAACAAUUUAAUGCACCCAUGCUGAAUAAAAAACAAUUUCUCUCUC